UGCCACUUAUGGUUCUUAUGGUGAAAUAAACAUAUUUGCUCCGGGAACUUACAUUCAGAUUGAAAUGGCACAACAUUUGCUCCGGCGGCCGGUCCGGGGUCUCCAGGCCUCCACAUCGUUGCAAUGCCCCGCCCAAACUAUUCGUAUACAUAGGCCAUGCAUAAUUGGGAAGCUUCGGACGCUUCCUGUUCUUUGCCCGUCAAAAUUGGCACUACCGGUGUACCAGCCGCGACAUGCUAGGGUCGUUCCGAACGUCGCUUACGAGGAGGAUGCAGACACGACUGUUGACGAAGAAUUUACGGAUCCAUUGGGGCGAAAACGUUCACGGCUCGAGAUAGACACGUCGCCAGAAGUCAUCGAGGGCCAAGAUGCGGUUGAGCUGCCCAUGCCGUGCGAGUACCAGCAGACGCUGUGGUCAUCCUUCUGCCUCGGCGGCAUUGGCCUCCACUCCGGCGAAUACGCCGUGGUGCGGGUGCGCCCCGCCUUCGCCGGCGAGGGCCGCUACUUCGUGCGGGUGGAGGACGGCACCAACGCGCACCUCGCCAACGCCGCCAUCAGCCUGGACCCGCCGCUGGACGGCACCAGCGACCUCUCGCCGGAGGAGCAGGCCGAGCAGGCCGACCCCGAGUACCGGCAGGAGCUGGUGAUGCGGUACAUGGAGUUCGUGGAUGCGCAGGAGACGGAGCGCUUCCCGGGCAGCUUCCUGGACUACCUGGAGCGACAGAGCUGCACCGACAUUGUGGAGCGUCUCAAGACCGAGGGUCCCCCCCGCUUCCAGUUCUCCGCCCCCGAGGCGCCCGCCCCCCGCCGCGACGAGGAGGAGGGCCCCCUGCUGGCCCUUGCAGCCAACCUGUACGACCCCAACCCCGUCACCACCUCCCUCGCCAACGACUACUUCCAGGUGUUUGGUGCGGAGACGCUGCUGUCGGCGCUGGAGGCGUGCGGAGUGGAUAACGCCAGGAUUGAGAUCGAGGGCGGCGCGGAGGUUCCCAUCCUGGACGGCUCCGCGGAGGGCUGGGUGGCGCACAUCGUGGUGGCGGGGCUGAGGUACGCGCCCUCACGGCCCGACCUGCAGGUCCCCGGCCCCGUGAAGAGCUCCCGGCAAGCUGACGCGGAGGCGGGAGAGGG